GUUUAUUUCUUAUUUCAUAGUGUUCCAUGGCUUUCAAUUGUUUUGUCUAAAUGUUUUUCAUCGAGCAAAAUAUUUAAUCUUCUAUUAUAGUCAAAAUUUUUCCAGCUAAUCCGUUUUUAUUACACGAAAAACCAAUAUUACGAGUAAUGAACACGUAUUGGAUUUGUUCCGAAUUUAUUCGCUAGGAUCAUUCAUUGUCAUCACUUUCACUUUUCACACGAUUUGCUAUAAUAGUGGUUCUAGUGUGCAUCGAGGCGCUGUCGCCAUGGAUGACACCAUGUCGACCCUAACGAAAAUGACCCGCACGGUUAAAAAACUGGAGGUGCCCAGACCCCUGAAAUCGACGACCAGUUCCGCUCACAACCGCAACUCUGUGUUGGACGUCAAAAUAAACUCUGUCGAUGACCUCAUAGUGUUGACAGAAGCGGUGGCGUACCAAAUGAUGCAGGGUAACUAUGACCGUGCGCUUCAAAGCAAUGUGGCCACCAUGUACUCUAAUCUGAAGCUUUACGGCGCUCAGCUCGAAGCCCUCUAUAAGGACUUUCUUGAUAGAUACUUUGUUGUGUUCCGUAAUGGUUCACAGGACGAACGAUUGGAUAAGAAAACUAGACUUCAUCUUCUCGAGCUGAUUGAGCUGCGCGCCAAACUCUGGCAGGGCUCCGACUACAUGAGUCAAUAUUAUAGACACCGCGGCACCCAUGCUGAGCCGCUGCUGGUGCCGACGAUGGAGGGGUCGGGGUCGGGCGGCUCGGUGUCCCCCACGCUGGCUGCGCCCGCCGAGCCGCCCGCGCUGCUGGGCCCCGGCGAGAUCAUCAAGCCGUCGGGCAAGUUCCCCAAGCCCACCAAGAUUCCCGGGAAGAACUACUCCAAGGACGAAGUUGUCAUCAGGAAUGCUGAUUCCGGGAAAGUGAUGGGUAUCAAGGGCAGGAGGGUGCACAUGAUCGAGGAGCUAAGUGACACGAUUAUAUCGUUUCAGCGAGUGAGUCCCGGUGCGAAGGAGCGUCUCGUCCAGAUCACUGGGCCGAACGAGGAGAAUGUCAACCACGCGAAGCACCUGAUCGGCGACACGAUCCGGCGCAACGCGUCGCCGGUGCGGCUGGAGGGCGCGGACGCGGCGCUGGCGGGCUCGCGCGCCUCGCUCGACUCCGCCGGCUCCGACGACGCGCCCAGGCAGAGGGAGAAAUCUCCGCAUAACGCCCGGGCUCUGCUUCAUAGCUUGUCCACUAAUGAUGCUGCACUGGGGGAGUAUAAGUACACUGUGACUUUUGGGCAACAUUCCAUUAAGAUCACGGGCCUUAAUUUGGAUCUUGUAAAGACUGCGAAGUUAGUGUUAGACGAGUACUUCGAGAGCGCGGGCGCGCUGGAGGCGAUGGGCGCGGGCUCGGGCGACUUCUUCACGCUGUCGCAGCGCCCCGCCGCCGCGCUGCUGCUGCGCGACGACGCCGCGCUCAACGGCGCCGACGACGACGUCUUCGCGCCGCCCGACGAACACGAGUUGCCUGGAGUUCGACAGCGCCAGCUACUUGAAGAAGGUCCGCGCAGCGGGCGGCACCACCGUGGCCGCCGUAGACGCGCCCGACUCUCCCGAGCCCGAGUAAAUCUCGUCGCCGCGGUUCGCUCGCCUCGCACCAAACCUUCACACUGCACACGACACCACAGAGUUAUUGCUAACGUCAUAGUAGGUACCCGCACGUGCCGCUACACAGUACACAGUCACGCGAGCGAACUGUCGAUACGCACUGAGGCAGCAACAUGAGGCAGCUGGCGAUCCGAAGUCGCUGCGGACGCGUCGCGUCCUCUAUUGAGGAGACGACUCCCGAGCCGUCCGACGUGUCCGUUCUUAUACAAUAUUUUAGCGAGCUUCACUCUUUAAACUAAUUUAGCAGACUUGUCUUAAAGUAUUAGCACACCAAAAUAUUUAUUUUUAUAGUGGUGGUAUAGUAUACCUCAUUUUUGUGAAUAUUUAUUUCAUAAAUUAGCUGUGGAUCUGAUUAUGAAAAAUGUGAUAAAAACUUUAAAAUGCAUGUAAAAUGCAAUUUUGAUUUGCAAAAUCCACAGUCUUACGUUGAUCUCCCAUCAAUGUUUUUAUUUAUUUCCAACGUUAAAGCAUAAAACAUUCUGAACUGAACAUUUUCAGAUAAUGUCCAUUUUUCUUAAAAGCAACAUUGAUACUUUCAUAAUUUUGUUGUAUAUAUUGACUCUGUUAGUUUCGGAUAUCAUAGAGUGAUUCCAUUUAUUAUUAUAAGAAGAAUGCAUGCAUUUCUUUCGUGUGUUUGUAUACUCAUUUUCAGACUUUCUAGUGUCUAGUCCUGACGAGUAGAUGUCGAUUCUCACUAUAUCGUAAGCUUUUAUAUUUCUGAGGGAGCCUGCCAAUCAAUUUAAUUAUUAAAAGAAUUAGAUAUUAUGGUUUUCUUUAUAUUGUUUAAAAUAUUGUUGUAUUAUUUUUGUUGUACUAUUAGAGCUUUUAAAUAAACUUGCUGUGCACUAAACCAAAUAAUUGUUGUAGGGAUACCUAAAACAUAUUUACACUAACGUAUUUCGUGAUUUUGUGGUUGCCAGGCUUUCUUAUCUUUUAAACGGUUUUAGUAAGCUAUAUCGAACACUAAGGGCCGCCGUACACGGACUGCUCGAGCAGUUAGAGCCGCCGUACACGGACUGCUUCAAGCAGUUGAGACCGACUGCUUAAAGCCGCGACCACGCAGUGAACUAUAGUCAUUCAUUCGCUGCCGUACACACGACUGCUCGAGCAGUCGCGACCGCUUCAAGCCGUCAACUGCAUGAUGAAAUUCCAUCGUGCCGUCGACCGCUCGCGAGCGGUUGCGAGGCAUACACCGACUGCUCGAGCCGUUGACUGCGCUAGAGCAGUCGACAGCUCUCCGACUUCCCUCUCCCCCCCGCCCUUUGCGGCCUCGCGGCGUCUGUUUUCUCAUUUGCCGACUGUUUUUUGAAAAUCAACUGCUCGAGCAGUUGGGUCGUAGCUCGAGCAGUCAACAACCGACAGCUCAAGCAGUCGACGCCGACCGCUCGAGCGGUCCGUGUAUUUCACUCAGCCGCUAACUGCUCGAGCAGUCCGUGUACGGCGGCCCUUAAAUCCGAAAUAUAUUAUCCGCAGGGAUACGAAUAUUUCCAAAUUCUGCGUUCAUAUAAUCGUCGUUGGUCGUAACCGACGAAAAACAACAAGACCGUCGUCACUCGCUCACCUUAUGCGAACAGAAAGUAUUAAGAAAUUGUUCACGUGCAGGUAUUAUUAUAAAAGACUAUUUUAUUUAAUUUUUUACUUUGAUGAGGCUAGCGAGUGACUUCUCACUAUAAAUUUAUCGGUUUAAAAAACUAAACUAAUUGGUGCUUACUCAUUGGGGAAGUAUUAUCGUUGAAUUUGUAAUUAAAGAUUUAUGUUUACACAUUUGUUUUUAUAUCAUAGACGUAUGGCUAUAAUUGUGAAAAUUGAUAUACUAAAUUUUCUAAUAGAGAA